ACACAGAAGAUUUGCAGGCUCAGGGGUUUUGGGGGGGUCAGGAGCCACUCAGUUGCCCCAGAAGGGGAGAAUGAAGCCUCCCUCCCUUGCUUGCUGCAGCUUUCCCUUUGCCCUGUUGCAGUGAGGCUGGACAAGCUCUCCGAAGUUGCCAAGGUGAACACGGAUGCCAUCCGCUCGGCCCAGGAGGAGAUCAGCGAGUACCGUCGCCAGCUCCAGUCCAAGACCACUGAGCUUGAUGCCCUCAAAGGGACCCAGGAAUCAUUGGAGAAGCAGAGGCAGGACUCAGAGGAGCGCCAUCAUGCAGACGUCCUGUCCUACCAGGAGACCAUUCAGCAGCUUGACAGCGAGCUGAGAAACAGCAAGUGGGAGAUGGCAGCGCAACUCCGAGAGUACCAGGAUCUGCUCAACGUCAAAAUGGCCUUGGACAUUGAAAUUGCUGCCUAUAGAAAACUCUUGGAAGGGGAGGAAUAUCGGAUCGAGUCUGGCUUUGGGAUGCUCUCCUUCCCAGAGGUGGCCCCCAAGGCUCCCAGUAUCACCACCAACAUCAAGGUGAAGAGUGAGGAGAAAGUCAAGGUGGUGGAAAAAUCUGAGAAGGAGACUGUGAUUGUGGAGGAGCAGACAGAGGAAAUUCAGGUGACUGAGGAGGUCACAGAAGAGGAAGAGGCUGAGAAGGAGGCUGAAGAGGAGAAGGAAGAGGGGAAAGCUGAAGCAGAGGGUGAAGAAGAGGCCAAGUCUCCUGCAAAAGAGGAGGCUAAGUCCCCAGCUGUGAAGUCCCCAGAGAAACCUGCAUCCCCCUCCAAGGAGGAGGCUAAGUCCCCAGCUGUGAAGUCCCCAGAGAAACCUGCAUCCCCCUCCAAGGAGGAGGCUAAGUCCCCAGCUGUGAAGUCCCCAGAGAAACCUGCAUCCCCCUCCAAGGAGGAGGCUAAGUCCCCAGCUGUGAAGUCCCCAGAGAAACCUGCAUCCCCCUCCAAGGAGGAGGCUAAGUCCCCAGCUGUGAAGUCCCCAGAGAAACCUGCAUCCCCCUCCAAGGAGGAGGCUAAGUCCCCAGCUGUGAAGUCCCCAGAGAAACCUGCAUCCCCCUCCAAGGAGGAGGCUAAGUCCCCAGCUGUGAAGUCCCCAGAGAAACCUGCAUCCCCCUCCAAGGAGGAGGCUAAGUCCCCAGCUGUGAAGUCCCCAGAGAAACCUGCAUCCCCCUCCAAGGAGGAGGCUAAGUCCCCAGCUGUGAAGUCCCCAGAGAAACCUGCAUCCCCCUCCAAGGAGGAGGCUAAGUCCCCAGCUGUGAAGUCCCCAGAGAAACCUGCAUCCCCCUCCAAGGAGGAGGCUAAGUCCCCAGCUGUGAAGUCCCCAGAGAAACCUGCAUCCCCCUCCAAGGAGGAGGCUAAGUCCCCAGCUGUGAAGUCCCCAGAGAAACCUGCAUCCCCCUCCAAGGAGGAGGCUAAGUCCCCAGCUGUGAAGUCCCCAGAGAAACCUGCAUCCCCCUCCAAGGAGGAGGCUAAGUCCCCAGCUGUGAAGUCCCCAGAGAAACCUGCAUCCCCCUCCAAGGAGGAGGCUAAGUCCCCAGCUGUGAAGUCCCCAGAGAAACCUGCAUCCCCCUCCAAGGAGGAGGCUAAGUCCCCAGCUGUGAAGUCCCCAGAGAAACCUGCAUCCCCCUCCAAGGAGGAGGCUAAGUCCCCAGCUGUGAAGUCCCCAGAGAAACCUGCAUCCCCCUCCAAGGAGGAGGCUAAGUCCCCAGCUGUGAAGUCCUCUGAAAAGGUCAAAUCUCCUGCAAAGGAGGAGGCGAAGUCUCCCGAGAAGGAAACAGCCCCAGCCAAGGAGCCCAUUCCCUCCCCUCCGAAGGAGCCAAAAGCCCCCGUGAAAGAAGAGCAGCCCAAGGAAGAGAAGGCUCCCUCCAAGACCCAAGCUGAGGAAGGCAGGAAAGAGGAGGCCCCCAAGGCUGUCCCAGCCAAGGCGGAGGAGAAGCCCAAAGAGAAGAUGGCUGGUGUGCCGGGGAAGGAGCCCACUAAGCCCACGGAGGAAGGGAAGGCUGAGAAGGAGACUCAGCCAAAGCCUCAGCAGGAGCCUGGCAAAGUGGCCGAGAAGCCGAAGGCUGAGGAGAAGAAGGAGGAACCAAAGAAAGAGAAAGCAGAGCCCAAAAAGGAGCCAGAGGAGAAACCCAAAGUUGAAGCUAAACCCAAAGAUGAGCCCAAAGCCAGUAAAGAGCCUGCCAAGGCUGAGAAAGUGGCCAGCGCAGAUGCCAAGGAGGGCAAAGCCCCAGAGCCAGUGCCUGCCCCGGGCAAGAAGAGCGAGAAGUGAGCAGAUCCCUGGCUCCACGGGUGCCGGGAGCGGCUUCACUGCCCUCCAAGGGCCGAAGGCAGGUUGGGGCAUCGCCCGCCAGGCCCGGCAUUAGCAAUAUGUUUGUGCGAGAGACAUAGCUCCUAGCUGCCCUCCUCCAGGGAUACGUUACGAUCGCUUCUGUAGCUGAAUGUGAUACACGCAGAGCGCCACAUUUAACACUUGAAUUAUAAUGACAGGACCGGCCCUGACGGGACCCGACUGCCCUUCUCCAAUAAGUGCAUUUAUUUAACGUAUGUGCAAUCGACGGACAGGCACGCUGUGCAGCUCUAGCUGCUUGGGCUGCGUGCUAAAGGCUAGCAGAACCCUAAUAGCGUUUCCCCAUCUGGGGGAAACUGUCCUUUCUGCGUGGUGACGCAGGCUGGGGCUGGCUUGGGUGGACCGGGUUAGGCACGGUGCGGAAACACUUACUAAAACACAAUGUGCACGAGGAGACUCGAGUCCACUCUCAGUUGCUUAUGUGCAAUAACCAAAUAAAGUGCUUACAGAAAUAA